UCGACAAACAACAACCGUCACGCUCGUAAUAAUGCGUUCUUUCGUUACAGUUUCGCGUCGUUCUGGUCUCGACGAACCGUCGACGAUCGGCCGUGGAGUGACGACGUCGUGGUGCAGACCGCCCCCGCAGUAGCCGCCCCCGAGUACCGCUCCAGCUACACCGAGGAGGAGUUCCUGGAGAUCUUCGAGCGCGGCAAGAGGAACUGCCUCGAGUACCUGUUGAAGCACGGCGACGGCAUGGCGGACCUGAGGGACGUCGUCAAAAACAAGGCCGAAAAGCACCGGUCGUUCUACGAGAAGCUGGUAGACGACGACAGUGCCGACGGCGGCGGUCGCGCUACCGGCCGCGAGGUGGCGCCACCGAUAGCGGACCGCGUCGAAGAUUCCAAUGCAGCAGGUACCAACAAAGGGGAUGCUAAGCGGCAACGCAAGCAGGGGGUGCACGAGAUGAACCUGCCCAAGGAGAUCGUCACGUUCCAGAGCGUGAAAAAAUUGCGCGACAACUACUCGGCCAUGUUGCAAAGAAAAUCCAAGGAUAAAGCAUCUAAAGACGAGCUUUUGGCGCCCCCGAACAGCGGCUACUGCAGUUCUUCGGCGUCCAACAAUAGUGACGACGAGACGAGGGAAAAAUGUUUCAACGUUAGAAGAUGCGGUUCGAACGAUAGCGCGGUUGGUAUUAGUGACGAGGAUGCGGUUAUCAGUUCCAAUUGGGGAGAAAAGUCUGAAAAUUUCGACGAGGAGACCUUCGAGACUGAUUACAGAUACCCUGUGAGCCCGUACAGCCCCCGGGGCUCCAUAGACCACUCGAACGUGCCCAGUCGCACCCUGAUCGAGGCUAAAUUCGUGCCGAUAGUCGAGCGGAAGUACAGUGACAGUGCCGCGAGUGUCAGUGACGUGGACCGCAGUGGCAGCCGGCGCGAAAGCUGCGUCACCGACGACGGGGACGAGACCCCUCGGUACCGCUACUGGCGCACGCCCUCGGUGGUGGUCAGCGACUACUCCGACGACAUAAUGGGCCUCACGUUGGAGGACAUCGAGUACAUCAGGAGCAAGAAGGCCCAAUCCAGCUCGCCCGACUCCAGCGCGCACAGCUCCUGCAGCAACCUCAACUAUUGCGGGUCCACCAUAAGCGGCCUGGAUGCCGAGUACGUGCUCAGCAAGCCCUUCAGAAAAUCAUCGGCCUGCUCGACUUGCAGCACUUUGAGUGGAGACGAGGAGUUGGACACUCUACAUCCUUAUAAAAAAGAGGUAGGAUACAUAACUUUUAUCUCCACGCGGUCUAUAAUUUAA